GACGUGUUGAGGAGCCUCGCCGUGCUGCAUCCUCUCUCUUACCAAGUGCAACCAAGCUGCGGAAGGGACCCACGUGUGACCUGUGGAGAAAAAGAAAGAUUCGUUGAAACUAAUUAUCGUGUUUCAGUGAAACACCUCCCAGCCAUGGUGAAGCUCGCAAAGGCGGGGAAAAAGCAAGUGAAGGAAGCGCCCCCAAAGAAAAAGGCUCCUCCACCUCCAAAGGAAGUUGAAGAGUCCAGCGAGGAGGAUAGUGAUGAAGAAGAGGCCCCACCACCCAAAGCUGCAGCCAAGAAGAACACCGCUCCAGUAAAGGGAGUGAAAAAUGGAAAAGCCCCUGCUAAGCAAGAAAGUGAAGAUGAGGAUGAUGAUGAUGAAUCUGAGGAAGAGGCUGCUCCAGCUAAAGCUCCAGCCACUAAAGCAGCACCUGCCAAGAAAGCAGCUGCGGAAUCAGACGAUGAUGAUGACGACGAUGAUGAAUCUGAAGAAGAGCCACCCAAAAAGACCCCUGCUAAAUCCGCUAAGGCCGUUCCUGCUAAAGCAAAACCUGUGAAGGCUAAAGCAGUUCCUGCAAAAAAGGAGGAGUCUGAUGAUGAUGAUGAUGAUGACGACGAUGAUGAUGAUGAAUCAGAAGAGGAGGAAGCUCCACCUCCUAAAAAAGCAGCCCCUGCUAAAUCUAGUGGUAAAGCUGCCCCUCCUAAACCUGCUGCUAAAGCAGCUCCAGCUAAAGAGGAGUCUGAGGAUGAAGAGGAGGAUGAUGAGUCAGAGGAAGAGGAAAUGGACACAACACCUGCGCCAGCCAAAAAAGCAGCAGUGAAAAAGGCUAAGGAGGAAUCUGAGGAGGAGGAGGAUGACGAUGAUGAUGAUGACGAGGAAGAUGAUGAUGACGAGGAGGAGGAUGAAGACGCUGCUCCUGUAACACCAGGAAAGAGAAAGGCUGAUGUAAAGAAGGAGAAAGGAACACCGCCAGCUAAAAAAGCCAAAUCUGAUGGAGAAGCUUUCAGUUUAUUUAUGGGUAACCUGAACUCCGAGAAGAGUUUUGAAGAAAUUAAAGAAGGCGUCAGUAAAUUCUUCAAAAAAGAGGGUCUUGUGAUUCAGGAUGUUCGCCUAGGUGGCUCCAAGAAGUUUGGUUAUGUCGACUUUGCCACAGAAGAGGAGCUUCAGAAAGCUCUCAGCCUCAGCGGGAAGAAGUUUAUGGGUCUUGCAAUCAAACUAGACAGAGCCAGAAGUAAAGAAGACUCCCAGGAAAGCAAAAAGGAGAGAGAUGCCCGGACGCUGUUUGUGAAAAAUCUGCCAUACUCUGCAACCUCAGAUGACCUGAAAGAGAUUUUCGAUCAAGCAAUGGAUAUCAGGAUACCUGUCGGCCACAAUGGCACCAGCAGAGGAAUUGCAUACAUUGAAUUCAAGACAGAAGCAAUCGCUGAGAAAAUGUUGGAGGAGACACAGGGUUCAGAUGUUCAGGGCCGAUCAAUCAUGGUGGACUUUACAGGUGCCAAAAGCAGACAGAGCAGCAAAGGACCAGCUUCUGCACCUGCAAACAAGGUUCUGGUUGUAAAUAAUCUAGCGUUCAGUGCCACAGAAGAGUCCCUUCAGAAUGUGUUUGAGAAAGCCGUCGCUAUCAGAAUACCACAGAAUAAUGGCCGGCCGAAAGGGUUUGCCUUUGUCGAGUUUGAAAACACAGAUGAUGCCAAGGAAGCGAUGGAUUCAUGCAAUAACACAGACAUCGAAGGCAGGAGCAUCAGACUAGAGUUCAGCCAGAACAGAGGAGAAGGCGGUGGACGAGGAGGAUCAGGACCCACAAAAACACUGUUUGUUAAAGGCCUGUCAGACGAAACGACAGAUCAAACCCUGAGGGAUGCGUUUGAGGGCGCUGUCGCUGCCAGAAUCGCCACAGACAAAGAUACAGGAUCAUGUAAAGGGUACGGCUUUGUUGACUUUGACAGUGAGGAGGACUGCAAAGCAGCAAAAGAAGCAAUGGAUGAUGCAGAAAUAGAUGGAAAUAAAGUGACUCUGGACUAUGCCAAGCCGAAAGGAGAAGGAGGAAGAGGCGGCGGACGGGGAGGAUUCGGAGGAUUUGGAGGAAGAGAUGGUGGAAGGGGUGGAUUUGGAGGAAGAGGAGGAGGAAGGGGUGGAUUUAGAGGAGGGAGAGGAGGAGGAGGAUAUCGUGGAGGCGGAAGAGGAGGAUUUAGAGGUGGUCGAGGUGGAGGAGGUGGACCAAGACCUCAAGGAAAGAAGAUAAAGUUUGACGAUUAAAACUACUCUGUUUUUUUAUAUUUCCAAAUAAACUGUAUUUCUGCUUGAAUGGUCUUUUGGACAUUCCAGCAUCUCAUUAAUUAAUGGAGCGUCCAUCUUUUUCUGUCUGAAAGCUUUGUGCAUUCUCAAAUGUUCCUGUUCAUCCGUGCGCAUCUUCAUAUUUUCCCCAAUUUUGUGGGAGGAAAGUUGAAAUGUGAAUAUUUUUUUUUUAUUGUUUUUGUUAAAGUAUCUCUAAAUGAUUUUUUUUUUUUUUUUUUUUUUUGCUUUAGGUGUGUUUUACCAUAACCUGUACAAAGCAUAUUAUAAAAGAUGAACGAUUAAACAUGCCCAAAAAUAUGUUUGGGCUUUUUGAAAUCUGGUUAAAUUGUGUACUGUCUUAAAUCUGUGUGAGAAGGGGUAUUUUUUUUUUUAUUAUUAUUAGUUUUUUGCCUUAUUGGUUUGUAGAGAUCAGCCAGUGUCUGGAAGGUAACUAACUCCAACAACCUUUUUCUUGUGUGUUUUGGAAGACACAAUUUUUAAAUAAACAUGAUUUAUAAAG